CACAGUGUUUAUCUUCUGGGGGCCCAGUAAUUACAUGCGACGGGAUGGGAAGGGUCUGGUCUACAACAACCUGAGGUUGAUGAACCAGGUGCUGCCCAAACUAAAGGUCUACAUCAUCUCCAGGCAGAAGAUGCUGCAGUUUGACGAACUCUUCAAGAGGGAGACGGGCAAGGACAGGCGAAUCUCUAACUCGUGGUUGAGUACUGGUUGGUUCACUAUGACCAUAGCUCUGGAGCUGUGUGACCGGAUCAAUGUCUACGGCAUGGUGGCUCCAGACCACUGCAGAGAGCCCCAGCCCCCAUCUGUCCCCUACCACUACUACGAGCCCCUCGGUCCAGAGGAGUGUGCCAUGUACAUCAGCCAUGAGCGAGGCCGCAGGGGUAGCCAUCACCGCUUUAUCACGGAGAAGAGGGUCUUUGCCAGCUGGGCUCGAACCUUCAACAUCCACUUCUACCAGCCUGACUGGGAGCCCCCGCCGCUGGCCCCCGCUAACCGCACGCAGGGGGAGACGGUCUCGGUCAGCAUCCGUGACUGGCAACCGGAAAUGGAAGUUGGAUGGUGACAGUGAAUGCUGGGCAUCUGUGGAAAAGCUGUAACUCAAAUGGGACUGAGGACUGAGGUGGAGAUGGUGAUGGACAAGACCACAUGAGACAGUCCAAAGUCUUCUGACCACAACUGAAUGGUCCAUACAGUAGGAUACUGACUGCACAUGGUCCUUCACUGAGGAUCGACCUCCUCUAGCUAUCCGUCAUGGGCAACUGUAGAAUAAUGACUGCAAAACGUCCUUCACUGAGGAUCGCCCGUCCUCCUCUAGGCCGUCAUGGACAACUGGAAGGACCAAAUACAGCUGGCUGGUCCAUAGGCUACUAACCACAACUAGUUUGAGCGUACUGGAUGACCGUAAAGGUUACCGACCACUAGUGGUGCACGGGUCAGCAACCGCCAGACUAGAUGUGAUAAAGUGAAAAUGUGAGGCCGCACCCGACCCUAACCCCUAACCCCUAACCCGGCCUGAUUUCUAUGUGUUUCUGCUUUGAAUUUUGUUAGUCAACUUGUCUAUAAUUAGAUACAUGUAGCUUCUCGUCUGUCAUUACAUGUUGCUGUAGAAGACUAAAUCAACCAUUGUUCACCAGAAUAAUGUUGUAAAUCGAUAGAAUGAACGCUUCGAUCUAGUAGGCAUACUUAUUUUCCACCAUCAUUUGCUAAUAAAUUU